GCAGACGUGUCAGUGAGGCAGUCUCUCUCUCUCUCUCCAUCUCACACAUACACACACACACACACACAUACACACACACACACACACACACGUACAUGUACAUUUACAAUUCAUUAUUCAUAAGUGAACCCUUGGACAUUAACAAAGGAUAAAGCACUUCAGGCUGUGUGUGUGUGUUUCUGUGUGUGUGUGCAUAUUAUGUGAUCUGUGUAGAAAGCCCAGAGGGUCUCAGAGAUGACGACUGGCUGUGUGAGGUCGACCCUGGAGCCUGAACAUCGACGGAUGACACAGGAGAGCACACACUUUUGUCUGACAGACCAGGAGGUGCUGGAGAGCCUGGUGGACAGGAAGUCAGAGAUGAAGGAUGAUGAAGAGGAGGAGGAGGAGGCUUGCUGUGCAGAGAAUCAGGAGGAAAAACAGUUUAAGAAACCUCGCAGAAAAGACACACCCGUCCUCAACUCUCCUCCACAUAUACCAGGAGUGAGACUGCUGAAAGCGGAGAAGCAGAUGGUCCACUUAGAAGAUGAGGAAAAUGAUGUAAAGGAUUAAAGCCUUUAUUUAAAUUUGAUUUUGUUGUCAACUGUUUUUAUGUUCAGUCUCAUUAAAUGUUGUUUUGACCUAA